CACCUCGUUAACUCUUUUCUGACUCGUAGAGAACAACACAUCACAAAGCCGGCUCUAUAAAUGAUAUAAAUUGGACCGUUUUUCGGAAUCUAUCAACAUCUCGUCGGCCGUUUUGAAUAUUGGAAAAGAAUCCGCGGUUUCUGCUGAAGAUGAAGUUCCACAUUUGGCUCACGCUGCUCGUUUUGCCGGCCGCAAUUUUAUUCGCUUCGAAUAAUGGCCUCGCAAGGGCAGAGGACGACGUUGACGACGAGGGUGUGGACGUCGAAGGAGAGGAUUUGGAAGUGGAAACCUCGGUAACCGGGGACGAAGAGCCCGCCGAACCAACUGGACCAGGAGCCUCGCCCGACGCUGACACGACCAUUCUCUUCACCAACCCAGUCGGAACUUCAAACCUUGAUCUGCCUGGCGGCAAGCUGGUCGAGUUUCUCGUCGGAUUCACCAACAAGGGCAAACAGGACUUUGUCCUCGAGACCCUGGACGCCUCCUUCAGAUACCCCAUGGAGUUUACCUUCUACAUUCAGAACUUCUCCACCCUUGCGUACAGCCGCCUUGUGAAACCGGGUCACGAAGCCACGCUCGCCUACUCUUUCAUUCCUGCCGAGGGCUUCGCUGGAAGGCCCUUUAGCCUCAGCGUCAACCUCAACUACAGAGACGCUAGCGGUGGAUUCUUCCGCGAAGCCGUCUACAACGAGACCGUGCAGGUGAUCGAGCUGGAAGAAGGUUUGGACGGCGAGGUGUUCUUCAUGUACGUCUUCCUGGCCGCUUGCGUGGUGCUCCUGCUGGUCGGCGGCCAGCAGCUCUUGGUGUCUGUCGGCAAGAAGAGAGGCCACAUUUCGCGGAAGCCGCAAGUCGAGACCGGCACCAAUGACAACCCCAACGACGUCAACUACGACUGGCUCCCCAAGGAUGCUCUCAAGAACCUGAACAAUCAGCAACGCUCGCCGAAGCAAAGCCCACGGCAGAGAAAAGUGAAGCGCAGCGAUGACUGAAGACUUCCGCACCUGUUGUGCCAACUACUCAAGAGACCAACUCAAACAACAACAACAAACAACAGCUACUUACCCUCCCUUUCUUCGUUAAAUCUCCUAAGCAAAUUGGAAAAAAAGAACCAUCAAGCACAAACAAACUCCGCGAAAUUCUUGUUGGCGACUGCUUUGCGAGUCAAAAGAAAAAAAGACAACUAAUCGUCGAAUGAAUGAGCCUUGGCUUUUUUUUACCCUGGAAUGCGUGGCGACGGAAUGAUUGGUGCAUGUCUGUCUCUCAUUUUGGUGAAGUGAUGAUGCUUUUGCAAGGAAUUAUUUUUGUUCUCUUGUUUAACAUUGAACGCCGCCAAAGGAAGAAAUCCUUUGCCGGCUUGUUGAAAUAAAUAAUAAAUUUGUUAAAAAAAAUAAAA